UUUAUCCACUCAUGGUACAACAUAUGCUCCUCCUGGUUCCCAAGCUAGUUCCACCAGAAAACCAUGCAGACACUCCAUUUUUCCAACAGGACAGACAGCAACAAAUUGCACAUACCUUCCCUUGGUGUUGCUCUUGUGCUGCUGAUCUGCUUGGCCUCUCCUGCCAGUUCCUGCACGGCGCAGGAGAAGGGCUCCCUUCUCCAGUUCCUCGCCCAGCUCUCACGAGAUGGUGGCCUCGCCGCUUCAUGGCAGAAUGGCACGGAUUGCUGCAAGUGGGAAGGGAUCACCUGCGACAGAGAUAAGACGGUCACCGAUGUCUUGCUGGCUUCGAAGGGACUCAAGGGGCACAUCUCACCGUCUCUUGGGAUCCUCAGCAGGCUGCAACACCUUGACCUCUCUCACAAUUCACUAUCAGGUGGUCUGCCUUUGGAAUUGGUUUCGUCCAGCAGCAUCACCAUUCUUGAUGUAAGCUUCAACCAGCUGAAUGGAACGCUCAGUCAGCUGCCAUCUUCAAUCCCUGCCCGGCCACUGCAGGUACUGAAUAUCUCCACCAACUUAUUUACAGGAGAGUUUCCAUCCAGCAUAUGGAAAGCAAUGGAGAAUCUGGUUGCACUCAAUACCAGCAAUACCAGCUUUACUGGGCAGAUACCAACUCAAUUAUGUAACAUCUCACCAUCCAUCAUUGUGCUUGAUCUGUGUUUCAACAAAUUCAGUGGUAACAUCCCCUCCGGACUUGGUGAUUGCUCUAGGCUGAGAGAGCUCAGAGUCGGCUACAACAGCCUCAGUGGAACACUCCCAGAUGAUCUCUUCAAUGCUACCUCAUUGGAAUACCUGUCUUUUCCCAACAAUGAUUUACAUGGAAUUCUUGCUGAUACACGUAUAUUCAACCUCAGAAAUCUUGAAACCCUUGAUCUUGGAGGGAACAAAUUCAGUGGGAAGAUUCCAGAUACUAUCGGCCAGCUCAAGAAACUGAAGGAGCUCCAUUUGAACAACAACAAUAUGUCAGGGGAGCUGCCAUCAGCUCUGAGCAAUUGCAUAAAUCUGAUAACAAUAAACCUCAAGAGCAACAAUUUUAGCGGAGAACUUAACAAGGUCAAUUUCUCCUACCUAGCCAAUCUAAGAACUUUAGAUCUUUACUACAACCAAUUCAAUGGCACAGUUCCAGAAAGCAUAUACUCUUGCAGCAAUCUGACUGCAUUACGGCUAGCUCAUAACAACUUAGGUGGGCAGCUUUCACCACAAAUAAGCAAUCUGAAGUACCUUGCCUUUAUGUCACUUGCAGAAAAUUCUUUUAAAAAUAUCACAAAUACACUUCACAUCCUUAAGAGGUGCCGGAAACUUACCACGCUGCUUAUUGCUUUCAACUUCAAAGGAGAGAUCAUGCCACAGGAUGAAAAAAUUGAUGGUUUUGAGAAUCUUCAAGUUUUGGGUAUCGGAGGAUGUGAAUUUUAUGGACAAAUACCUCUUUGGAUAUCAAGGCUAGCAAAUUUAGAGGUGUUAAUUUUAUCUCACAAUCAACUCAAUGGAUCAAUACCAUCAUGGAUCAAAACCCUAACCAAACUCUUCUAUCUUGACAUAUCAAACAACAGCCUCACAGGGGAAAUUCCAAUAGCACUGAUGGAUAUGGCAAUGCUAAAGUCAGAGAAGACUGAAGUCCAUUUAGACCCAGGGUUUUUUGAGCUACCUGUUUAUGAUACUCCAUCACUUCAAUACCGUGUACCUAUUGCUUUGCGUAAAGUUCUGGAUCUAAGCCACAAUAAAUUCACUGGUGAGAUCCCCUUCAAGAUAGGCCAGUUGAAAGCCCUCCUUGCACUCAAUUUCAGCUUCAAUCAGCUCACAGGAGAAAUCCCACAAUCAAUAUGCAACCUCACAAGCUUGCAGGUGCUAGACUUAUCUAGCAAUGAUCUCACAGGUGCGAUCCCAGCUGCAUUAAAUAGUCUGCACUUCCUUGCAGAAUUCAACAUUUCUCACAAUAGCCUUGAAGGGCCUAUUCCAUCUGGAGGCCAGUUUAAUACUUUUUUGAAUUCCAGUUACGAUGGGAAUCCAAAGCUUUGCGGCUCUAUUCUAGCUCAAAAAUGCCUUCCAUCCUCACUUCCUCCGUCCUCCACCAAUCACCGAGAUAAGAAGACUGUUCUUGCAAUUGCAUUUGGUGUGUUUUUUGGAGGCAUUGCUAUACUUUUGUUGCUUGGGCGCAUACUUGUCUCGGUCAGGAUGAGGAGUUUUACAGCAAAAAACAGAAGGGGGAGCAAUGAAGAUGCUGAAGCAACUUCAUUCUACUCCAGUUCAGAGCAAACAUUAGUGAUGAUGCGGAUGCCACAGGGCAAGGGAGACGAAAACAAGCUUAAAUUCACUGACAUUUUGAAAGCUACGAAUAACUUUGACAAGGAGAAUGUCAUCGGAUGUGGAGGUUAUGGAUUAGUUUACAAGGCAGAGCUAGCUGAUGGCUCCAAGCUGGCAAUAAAGAAGCUCAAUAGUGAAAUGUGUCUGAUGGAAAGGGAGUUCAGUGCAGAGGUUGACGCACUUUCCAUGGCACAACAUGAAAAUCUUGUACCACUGUGGGGUUACUGCGUCCAGGGGAACUCAAGGUUUCUCGUAUAUUCCUACAUGGAGAAUGGCAGCCUGGAUGAUUGGCUUCACAACAGUUAUGAUGAUGCUACCUCGUUUCUUGACUGGCCGACUCGGCUCAAGAUCGCACAGGGAGCAAGCCUAGGACUGUCUUAUAUCCAUGAUGUCUGCAAACCUCAAAUUGUUCACCGAGACAUCAAAUCAAGUAACAUCCUACUGGACAAAGAAUUUAAAGCUUAUGUUGCAGAUUUUGGGCUAGCCAGAUUGAUCCUUCCCAACCAAACUCAUGUUUCAACUGAACUGGCCGGCACAAUGGGUUACAUACCUCCCGAGUAUGGACAAUCAUGGGUUGCUACAUUGAGAGGUGAUAUGUACAGUUUCGGAGUAGUCCUACUUGAGCUUCUCACUGGAAUGCGACCUGUUCCAGUCCUAUCUACAUCAAAAGAGCUAGUCCCAUGGGUGCUGGAAAUGAGGUCCGAGGGAAAGCAAGUUGAGGUCCUGGAUCCAACACUUGGAGGCACAGGAUAUGAAGAGCAAAUGCUGAAGGUGCUUGAAGCCGCUUGCAAAUGCGUCAACCAUAACCAAUUCAUGAGGCCAACUAUCAUGGAAGUAGUCUCUUGCCUAGACAGUAUAGACGCUGAUCAGCAGAUGUAAAGAGCAGGAAAGAUAUGAACUACACAUGAUACAUAAACUUAUACAUUUUUGUGUACGAAUUGGUUGUGAAUUCCCAGUUUCAGUAGAGUUGGCAUUGAUAAACUUACAGUUUGUUUUAUACAUACAUACAUAGCUUAACCGCUUGCAGUUUUGUGCUUUCUGUACCACCACAAUGAAAGGGUUAUGCAAA